CCCUUUUUGAGCAUCCUUAAAUACCCAGCAACGCACCACUUUUUAUCCCAGACUGACAAUCACCAUCACCAGUCCUCCAGCACCACCAUGAUGCUCAGCGCCCGUCUGCUGUUGGCAGCCACCGCUCUCUGCUGCUUUGCCACCACACUUGCUACUUCCAUGGAUGGCUUUGCUACUGGCCAUAAAUGCCGCUGCCUGAUCACCACCUCCAGGCAAAUCCCGACCCGGUUGUUCAAGAGGAUCGAGAUCCUGCCUCCUGGUCCAAACUGCGGCAAUAUUGAAAUCCUGAUCACCACGAAGGACAAUAGGGUACUGUGUGUGUCCCCUGAUGCACCGUGGAUCAACAACGUCAUCGAUAGAAUCUCACAGAAGCGCAAAAGAAGCACGGGGCUCUCAGACCUGACCAGCACGUAUUAACGUGACCACUGCACCUGUCCAUCUUCAAAAAAAAAAUCACUGCCUAGAUUUGGGCCUUUUUAAAAUGUUUUCUGUCCAAUCAUAACCAUAAGCUAAUGUUACCUUCAUUAUCAGUUCAGAUUUUAAGUGAAAAAUGUGAAAUACAAUAAAAGCUUGUUGAA